ACCCUCCCUCAACGUUAACGACACCUGAUGCUUUUCCUCCCACCCGCCCGGGAUCCUUAGCUUCCCGCCAGCGGAACACCUUUGCCGUUCCUUUGCAGCCUCUAACCCUCUACGAGUCUACAGAAUACCAACAGCCUUUUUGCUCAACGACACAUCCCGAAGAUUCCUUGCGCACCCUUGAUUUGUCACAUUCUCUCCCAUCCUCUCAUCUCUCCCGUCCCUCUCUCAUUCCCUCGACCUAUUAUCAAUCGAAUCCGUUCCGACACACCCGGUACAUCACUGUUUACCUGACCCUCUCACCGCUUGCAAUCUUCUGAGACAUUUGAUUCAUUUUUAAUCCUCCUGACUCCCGCACGCGCUCCGCGCAGUCCGUGUUCCCGAUGCUACAGAGCAAGCUUACUCGCACCAUUUCCAACAUCUCCAACGUCUCUAAAGAGAGUAGAGCCAGUAGGAAAGAACGAAAGGCUGAGAGUAAGGUCGCGAGCAAGGCCAAUAGCGUCGCCAGUAGCAUAGCCGGCGCUUCCGACGAUGAGUACGAUAAUCCACUCGAAAAUAUCGCACGAUGGCGCUUGACGGCCAAUGCCGUUGCCCUACGCUCGGGGGCCGCUUUUGCCUUCGGCCUGCAGAACCUGUCCGCUCCCGUCCCACCGGCUGCGGAUAGAGUCAUCUGGCUAGAUUCUACCCUCUCAGAGUGGGCCGGCAAGGAGAAGAUCAGGGUCGAUGUUUAUCUUCCUCCCACAACCUCCUCCAGCAAACCCACCGGCAAGAUCCCUGCGGUCAUCAACUUUCACGGCGGGGGCUUCAUCCUCGGCCAGGGCACUGAUGAUGCCCGUUGGGCUGGUGCCGUAGCUACGGCUCUCAAUGCCGUCGUCUUCUCCGUGAGCUACCGUCUGGCCCCGGGUUAUCCCUUCCCCACACCGGUGGAGGACUCCGCCGACUCUAUUCUUCAGAUCGUCGCACGUGCCGAAGAUUUCCGCAUCGACACAAACAAGGUCAUUCUGUCGGGUUUCUCGGCUGGAGGCACACUGGCCCUUGCCAGUUGGAACAUUCUCCAGGACCCUAAUCGGUGGGGAUACAGGUUUAAACUACCUGUUCCCGACAUCUCCGGCAUAGUCUUGUUCUACCCACUCUUGGAUUGGACCAUGACUAGGCCUCAGAAACGCAAGACAUGUGGAAAGCCAGAAAUGACUCUUCCCAAAGGCAUGACUGACCUUUUUGAUGCGUCGUACAUAUACCCGCCCAGACCAAGGUCCGAACGUGGUGACCCGCGUCUCUCACCUGGUCUCAUGACAGAUGAGAUGAUAGAUCGCCUGCCCCCCGUACACCUGUGUAUGUGCGAGCACGACAUGCUGCUAUUGGAGGGACAGGCCUUUGCGGAGAGAGUAAGAUCCCGCGGUCGCCGGGUCAGCACACGUGUUGUAGAGGCUGAGAAGCACGCUUGGGACAAACCUCCGCCAUUCGCGCCCAAGGAAACGGUCAUGGUUGAGUACAACGAAGCCAUCACAGCCAUUGAAGAAUGGUUUGAUAAUACAGGGAUGACUUGGAAGUUAGAGUGAGUAUUAGAUCACCUCUUGGUGCGAGAAAGAUACCUCAGAGCUGUAUAUUGAUUUCCAGAUGAUUUGAGCGGAAUACAAACCUAAUCAUGAGCAUAGACUGGGAAGUCUUCAAGGCAUCCGUACAGAGCUGUGUCACGUUACAUUCGUGAGCAGAGGUAAAAUUGAAUGCGCGCCUCAGUAUUCCUAGUGACUUUUUCAGAGUGAUAAAAUAAGAUGACGUUCGAAGAGGGCAGUGAGGUUCU